AUGCGACUGUUGAAUGAAAGAGCAUCCGUAUCCAUAAAACAAGAACCCACCGAAACAGAAAGAUAUAAUGCAUAUAUCCUAAAAAUUAAGGAAGAGGCUUGUGGGAGUAAACAUCAACUUGUGCAAUAUCUUAACUCACGAGGGCGUUCUCGUGAGUGCGGAUCGGGUAAUGAAACUGUCGGAGUUAUAAACAGUUUGCUACUUCCUAAAAUUUAUCUCAUGGCAAGGACACAAAUUCAAUGA